CUUCCUUGGAUUCCGCUUGGCAACGGCUCGCUGGCCGCGCGCUCCGGCCCGUGGACGCUCUGCAGAUCCGCGCCAACGCCGGGACUGUCCUGGGCUCGACUCGCGGGUACCCGCUCCCCUCAGCUCGAGGUACAAAUGAUGCAAAAUGUGCAUCUGGCCCCCGAGACCGAUGAAGAUGACCUUUAUUCUGGAUAUAAUGACUACAAUCCAACCUAUGACACUGAGGAGUUGGAGAAUGAUACAGGUUUUCAGCAAGCAGUAAGAACCAGUCAUGGCAGAAGACCUCCAAUAACUGCUAAAAUACCAAGCACGGCAGUUACUAGACCUAUAGCUACUGGAUAUGGGUCCAAAACAUCCUUGAUGUCAUCAAUGGGAAGACCGAUGACAGGAGCUAUCCAGGAUGGAGUUACGAGACCCAUGACAGCAGUGAGAGCAGCUGGGUUUACCAAAGCAGCUUUGAGAGGUUCUGCAUUUGACCCCCUUGGUCAAUCAAGGGGCCCUGCCCCUCCUUUGGAAACCAAGAAUGAAGAUAGUCCAGAAGAAAAGAUUAGACAAUUGGAGAAGAAGGUAAAUGAGUUGGUAGAAGAAAGCUGCAUUGCCAACAGUUGUGGAGACUUAAAAUUGGCCUUAGAAAAGGCUAAAGAUGCAGGAAGAAAAGAGAGGGUCCUUGUGCGACAAAGAGAACAAAUUGCAUCUCCAGAAAAUAUCAAUUUGGAUUUAACUUACUCAGUGCUCUUUAACUUGGCCAGUCAGUACUCAGCUAAUGAAAUGUAUGCUGAAGCACUAAAUACUUAUCAAGUUAUAGUGAAAAAUAAGAUGUUUAGUAAUUCAGGAAGAUUGAAAGUGAAUAUGGGAAACAUUUAUUUAAAUCAAAGAAAUUAUUCCAAAGCCAUUAAAUUCUACCGAAUGGCCUUAGAUCAAAUCCCAAGUGUCCAGAAAGAAAUGAGGAUUAAAAUAAUGCAGAACAUUGGUGUUACAUUUAUUAAAACUGGUCAGUAUUCAGAUGCCAUUAAUUCCUUUGAGCACAUAAUGAGUAUGGCACCAAAUCUGAAGGCAGGCUUCAACCUAAUUCUUAGUUAUUUUGCCAUUGGAGACCGAGAAAAAAUGAAGAAGGCAUUUCAGAAAUUGAUUGCUGUUCCAUUAGAAAUUGAUGAUGAUGAUAAAUAUAUUUCACCAAGUGAUGAUCCUCAUACUAACUUAGUGAUUGAAGCUAUAAAAAAUGAUCAUCUCAGACAAAUGGAACGUGAAAGGAAAGCCAUGGCAGAAAAAUACAUCAUGACAGCUGCAAAACUUAUUGCUCCUGUGAUUGAGACAUCUUUUGCAGUAGGUUAUGACUGGUGUGUGGAGGUAGUGAAAGCAUCUCAGUACGUGGAACUAGCCAAUGAUCUGGAAAUAAACAAAGCAAUUACCUACUUGAGACAAAAAGAUUUUAACCAAGCUGUCGAUACCUUAAAAAUGUUUGAAAAGAAGGACAGCAGAGUAAAAAGUGCAGCUGCAACCAACCUCUCAUUCCUGUACUACCUGGAAAAUGAAUUUGCACAGGCCAGCAGCUAUGCAGAUCUAGCUGUGAACUCUGAUAGAUAUAACCCAUCAGCUCUCACUAAUAAAGGGAAUACAGUUUUUGCAAAUGGUGAUUAUGAGAAGGCAGCUGAAUUCUAUAAAGAGGCUCUAAGAAAUGAUUCUUCCUGUACUGAAGCCCUUUAUAAUAUUGGCCUUACCUAUAAGAAGCUUAACCGGCUAGAUGAAGCUUUGGAGUGUUUCCUGAAACUUCACGCAAUUCUGCGGAAUAGUGCCCAAGUGCUUUACCAGAUAGCAAAUGUGUAUGAAUUAAUGGAAGAUCCCAAUCAGGCCAUCGAAUGGCUGAUGCAGCUCAUCAGCGUUGUUCCAACUGACUCUAAAGCUUUGUCCAAAUUAGGAGAGUUGUAUGACAGUGAAGGAGACAAAUCCCAGGCCUUCCAGUACUACUAUGAGUCAUACAGAUAUUUCCCUUCUAAUAUUGAAGUCAUCGAGUGGCUUGGAGCCUAUUACAUUGAUACUCAAUUUUGUGAAAAAGCAAUUCAGUACUUUGAAAGAGCUUCUCUUAUACAGCCUACACAAGUGAAAUGGCAGCUGAUGGUAGCAAGUUGUUUUAGGAGAAGUGGUAACUACCAAAAAGCAUUAGAUACUUACAAAGAUAUUCACAGAAAAUUUCCAGAAAAUGCUGACUGUCUGCGCUUCCUGGUUCGUCUCUGCACAGACAUUGGAUUAAAAGAAGUUCAAGAAUAUGUCACAAAACUCAAGAGGCUAGAAAAAAUGAAAGAAAUAAGGGAACAGCGCAUAAAGUCGGGCAGAGAUAGCAGUGGGAGCUCUCGUGGCAAAAGAGAAGGGAGCGCUGGCAGUGAUAGCGGCCAGACCGGUGGUGCCGGCAGUAAAGGUGAACGACUAAGUGUCAAGCUCAGAGCUCUGCCUGGGACAAAUGAACCUUACGAAAGCAGCAGUAACAGAGAAAUAGAUGCAUCCUACGUGGAUCCACUUGGCCCUCAGAUAGAAAGACCAAAAACUGCAGCCAAAAAGAGAACUGAUGAGGACGACUUUGCCGAUGAGGAGUUGGGAGAUGACUUGCUUCCAGACUGAAGAGACAAAUCUGCCUGGCUCAGUAGAAAACCUAGAAAGAAGACAUGGACCACAGCACUGACUUUAAAACUGCAAGCCACCUCAAGCCCUGAUUGGAUUGGGAAAACUAGUUCUCAAUUCUCUCUGCACUGCAGAGGAAAAACUGAAUUUAUCUGAUCGUAUAACUUGUAAUCCAUGUAGUUUAAGUGAAACAGAGUCUAGCAUACAAUAAAUUGCUGGACAUGUAAGGAGGAAAGGAGAUGUGAUAAGUGACAAAGAUAAAACCCAAACAGAGAGGCCUAAGGUAACCCAAAUAAUGGAUGUAACAAAAAAUCUUUAAGAUAACUAUGACUGGUAUGGUAAGUAAAUAGAUAAAUACUGACAAAAUGGAUGAUGACAUGAGAAAAGAGUAUUAGAAUCUGAAAAAGAGCUGAAAAAUACAAUACUGACAAUAACUUACUGAUGGAUUGAACAGUGGACCAGGCACAGAAGUCACAACAGUCAUGGAAAGUGUAUAAACUGAAGCACAAAGAGCAAUGAGAAUGGAGAAAUAAAUCAAAUGACAGGAGACGUGGGACAUGGUCAGGAGUUUGAGUGAGUAUGACAGAAAUCCCAGUAGGACAGGAAGUAGAGAUAGGACGGAAAUAAAUUUUGAAGAAACAGUGUCUUAAAGUUUCCCGAACUAAUGACAGAUACCGUCCUAGUUGUUUCAAGUGAAGAGAGGUUUAUCUUGGCUCACAGUUUCAGUCCAUGGUCCACUGACCCCAAGGCAGAAAUGACAUGGUGAAAGGGCAUGAUGGAGAAAACCUGUUCCCCAUGGUGCAGGAUUAAAGAGAAAAAGGAGAAACUGGGAAGGGACUGUCCCUUCCAGGUCAUGCCCUCAGUGGCCCACUUCUCCCAAACAUGCCUCGUCACCAGCAUAUUCAGCUGUGAACUUGCCCGUGGAGUGAUCCAGUGUGAGCACAGCAUCCCAUGACCCAGUCACCUUCCAAACCCCCAGCUUUCAACAUAUGAGACUUGGGGGACACAUAAAAUUCUGUCCCUGGCUCCCAAAAAACUCAUGUUUGUCGCUUUAUACAAAAUUCAUUUAGCCCAUCUGUAAGUUACCAAUGUUUUAACAGUUCUGGCAUUGUGGAAAAGUCCAAAAUUCCUGAGACUCAAGACAAACUCUUAAUGUGAGCCCCUGUAAAAAUAAAAAAAUAUUUCCAAAAUACAGUGGCACAGCAUAAACAUUUCCAUUCAAAAGGGAGAAAUAGGAUCCAAAUAUGAUCCAAAAGGGAGAAAUAGGAUCCAAAUUCCAGAGGGAGAAAUAGAAUGGGGCCAAAGUAAGGCUGAAACCCAGAAGGACAAACAUUAAAUUCUAUACACACAUCCAGCACAUGGGGCAAGCUGUGGGAAAAGGUGAGCUUCAGAGCGCCUGGGUGUUCUGCCUCCUGCCUGUGGUUUCUCUCAGCAGACGUGCCAAAUUUCUGGUGUCUACAAAUCCCUGGAGUCUCCACUGUACUUUCAACUUUAUGCUCACAGAUUCACCCUCUCAGGUAUUCCUCUAAAAUAUUACUGGAAACCUCCGUAACCUCAUAAGUCUCGCCUUCUACAUGCCUGAAAAACCAGCACCACACGGAGGAUGCCAAGUUUACCCAGACUGAGGGAUAGCCAGGUCCCUUGUUUCAUGGCUGCAGAGGCCUCUGAAUGCCUGGAUGGUUGACAUUGGUGGCACACAUCCCUAGAUGGGAAUUCUCAAGCAGCAGCUCUUCACAAGUGGAAACUAAAGUUUUGCACCCUUGAUUCUGCAAAGAUUAGGAUAUUGCUGACUCCUGAAAUGUUCCAGCCAACUUUUCUUUCCUUUUUUUUUUUGGUCUUUUUUAUCGGUACCGGGGAUCAAACUCAGGACUGCCUGCUUGCAAGGCAGGCACUUAUGCUGCUCAGCUAAACCCCCAGCCCCAGCUAAACCCCCAGCCCCCAGCCAACUUUUCUAUUGCCAGAACUAAAGUACUUGAGGAGAGCAGCCAUGUUCUCCUUUAUCCUAAUUUUGCAGGCACUUCCUUUCUGGUGAAAUUAAAAAUUUGUAAAUCAGCCAUCUCUGUUUUUUAUGUGCUUGCUUUGGCAGCACAUAUACAUCUCUGUUUUUUACUCCUAAAAACAGCAAGCAGUACCCAUACCAUAGUUUGAAGGUUGAACUGCCUUAAAAUUUCCUCUACCAGAUUAACCCAUAACCCUUAACCUUAGUUUCCCCAAAAGCCUCAGGACGUGGGCAAAAUGUAUACAAAUUACAGUGUAAUCACAUAGCCUCUAGUCCAGCUGCCAAUGCAGUCCUCAUUCCCAACAGAAACCUCUUGAGCCUGCCCUUUACUGUCCGCAUUCCCAUCCAGCUAUGAACUCAUCAGUGAAUUUACAAAUAUAAUGCCCUUGUGACCCAACCACCAUCAAAAAUUCCACCUCUGAAGAUAUGAGAUUUUGGAGAAAAUUCUAAAUCUAACCCAUAGCAAAUAUCAACCCAUAGAUUCAAGAAGCUCCCCAAACAGCAACAAGGGUAGAUAUAAAUAAAACUGUACCACAGAUGUGUUUAAGCUAUUAAAAACCAAAGACAAAGAAAUUGUUUAGGAUAGAAAGAACACAUUAUUUUCAGAAGAAAAACAAGACUAACAGCUGACUUCAGUAGAAACUAUGGAACCAAAAGACAAUAGAAUAACAUCUUUAAAGUGCUAAAAGGCAGAAACCUGCCAACCUAGAAUUCUAUCUCAGUAAAUAUACCCUUUAAACUUUAAAGACUUUUGGAUAAACAAUAUUUGAGAAAAUUAAUUACAAGCAGACUGGCUCUACAGGAAACACUAAGGUGAAAGGGAAGUGAUUGUAGAAGGAAACAUGAAAUGGCAGAAA